AUUUAAUAAGAAAUAAGAUAGUUUGUUCUCUCUAAAUGCAAGCUCAUUGUUUUUCUUUUUCUACAAUGUACUGAACUUGAAUUCUCUUUGAUGUAUUUCUAGACCAUGGCGAAGUCUUUUGAGGUCACUGAGUUACCAGUCAGGUCAGCCAAGUUUGUUGCGCGAAAACAAUGGGUUGUAGCUGGAGCUGACGAUAUGUUCAUUCGCGUAUAUAAUUACAAUACAAUGGAUAAAAUUAAAGUAUUUGAGGCACACACUGAUUAUAUUAGGUGUGUGGCUGUCCAUCCGACCCUUCCAUAUGUGCUAUCAUCAUCUGAUGAUAUGCUCAUAAAGCUUUGGGAUUGGGAGAAGGGUUGGGUGUGUACUCAGAUCUUUGAGGGACAUUCCCAUUACGUGAUGCAAGUGACUUUUAAUCCAAAAGACACGAACACUUUUGCAAGUGCAUCUCUUGAUCGUACAAUAAAGAUUUGGAAUCUUGGCUCCCCAGAUCCAAAUUUUACAUUGGAUGCCCAUCAGAAAGGAGUGAAUUGUGUAGAUUACUUCACAGGUGGUGAUAAGCCUUAUCUAAUCACAGGUUCAGAUGAUCACACUGCAAAGGUCUGGGACUAUCAAACUAAAAGUUGUGUCCAAACACUGGAAGGCCACACACAUAAUGUUUCCGCAGUUUGUUUCCAUCCUGAGCUUCCAAUUAUAAUUACAGGUUCUGAGGAUGGUACUGUUCGCAUUUGGCAUGCUACCACAUAUAGGCUUGAAAAUACAUUGAAUUAUGGUCUUGAGAGAGUUUGGGCCAUCGGUUACAUGAAAGGUUCACGUCGGUAAGUGUGGUUUAUUUUCUCCCCUCCUUUUCAUGGUUCAAAAUAUGGGGCAAUUGUUGUCCUUAGAU